CCAGGUCCCAGGAGGAAGUUUACGUUUCAUUCCUCAGUAGUAUGGGGUUCCAUGGCGAAACGUGUGUGACUUGGCGCUUAAGAUGACCUUUUAGGUUGUGCGGUUUAAUCAUUUAUUGAGGAAAUAAGUUUGCGUUUGAAUUAUCGAGAGAUUUUCGAUCGUGAAGUGAAAGGAACUUUUAUUUUUUUCAUUUGAUUGUUGUUGAUUCAUUCCAUUGUCGGAAAUUGCCAAGAGGCAUGGCAUCAAGUGGUAGUAGCCUCACCCAAUGGCGAAUACUUGCUGGCCUUCGUGAUUACCUUCAGCGAGUAACACCUGCGUUAGGUGCUGUACCAAAGGUAGCUCCAAAAGCUUUUGAAGCAUCAGAAUCUUUUCAGUCUGAGGUGAACCCCCAUGAUAGGGUGCAGUGUACAGAAAAUCCAACUCAAAAAUCAGGAACCAAAAGUGAAGAUGUUGUGAAGGUUGAAGACUCACCAAGUGGAAGCAUCACAGAAUUACAAAAAGUUCUUGGUGCUGUUAGUUCGUAUAUCCCCUUAUACUUUUCACAAAUACGUCUACAUUUUUCUAAAAAUAAUGAACCCCCUGUCGAACCGAAGAGCAUUCCCAAGUGGAAGGUACAAAAAGGCAGAAUUUCAAAGUCUAGCAUAGAUGCCAGAACACGGUUCUUGGUUAAAGGUAUAGGAGAUCAUUUAACAGAAGCGGGUCGUCUAAGAAAACUUGAGUCACUGUGUAAACACAUACGGGACUUUCCUCAGGCUAAGGGUGUUGCUGUAAAGCAAGGGGGUAUAUCAAAACUUUUAAGAAUACUAGAAAGAACAGAAGAUCGUUACGUUGAAUAUGAAGCCAGAGAGGCACUUGCCUUGUUAGGGUACACCCCACCUGUUUCUGGUCAUGGUAUACGACUGCUUACGAUAGAUGGAGGGGGUGUAAGGGGCUUGGUAGCUAUAGAAGUACUCAGGAGAAUAGAAGAGGAGGCAGGACAGCCAAUUCACGAACUUUUCGAUUAUAUCUGUGGGGUGUCAACAGGGGCCAUUCUUGCCGUUUUAAUUGGUGCUCAUCAACAAUCAAUAGACGAAUGUGAAAAAUUAUAUCGUAAGUUAAGCACGCAAAUAUUUACCCAGACAACGUUUCAAGGUGCGAAAGGGCUCUUUAUGAAGAGUUCUUAUUAUGAUUCUGAUGCCUGGACAAAUAUUCUAAAAGAAAAUAUGGGAGAAAUAUCGCUUAUUGAAACUGCAAGAGAUGUUGAUGCUUGUAAGUUGUGUCUUGUUGCAACCUCAGCAAAUACAAACAAAGUACAGGCUUACCUCUUCCGGAAUUACAACCUUCCAUACAGAGUCUCCAGCUAUUACCAGGGUUCAUCACAACCACAGUUAUGGGAAGCUGUUAGGGCAUCUGCUGCGGCACCUGGAUAUUUCUCGGAAUUCAAAAUCGGUGAUCUUAUUUUCUUGGAUGGAGGUAUAUUUGUUAACAAUCCCACUGCUAUAGCUUUACAUGAAGCCAAGCAAUUAUGGCCUGAUGUUGAUUUGCAGUGUGUUCUGUCUGUUGGCACUGGUCGUCACGAACCAAUUGCUAUGAUAAAUGAUUCAUCAACUUUCAACUGGGCCACUAGAAUUAGGACUGUAGUUAAUAGUGCUACAGAUACCGAAGGUGUUCACACAACUAUGCAUGACCUGUUACCAGGAAAUGUAUAUUUCCGUUUCAAUCCAUAUCUCAGUGAUGAGAUUGGACUGGAUGAGAUAGGAGAAAAUCGUUUAUCAAUGAUGAUGGAAGACACAAAUCUAUACCUCCGCAAGAAUGAGCUAAAAAUUCAAGAAGCUGUUCGGGCCUUAACAAAAACAAAAAAUCCUUUGGACAAAGUAAAAGACUGGGUUGAUUAUCAGCGUCAGGUAUGGACUGUAAUCUAGGUUUUCCCUUGAAUUUCUGUAACGCUUUUACAAUACAGAUGAACAGUGAGAAACUUACCCAAUUUUUGUUAUCAGCUUUUUGUAAUCAAUGAGGAUUUAUGAGACGCAAAAUAUGCCACUGCUGUGCAUAAGAGUGGCAGCACAUUAUAUAUUUUAAGUAGUCACAGUUUCAGGAUGUAUAGACUGGAAUUCAGUUGCAAGAAAGUGUAACUGUCAGUUGUGUAUCUGUAUAACAAAAGACUGGCAUUGAUGCCAGCAUCAGAUCUGGGCCAUGAUCUGGAAUUGCAUUUAUGAUUACAUGGGAUAUUACAGUUACAAAUGACUGAUGCAUGUUUGCCCGUAUCCUUCUAAAGUAAGCAAAGUGAUGUUGUUGACAAAUAGUUUCAAUUUUUUACGUCAUCAUUUAAAAUUUAUGUAUGCACUUAUUAUACUAAAUCGGUUCACUUCAUAGAACAGCAAGCACUUUGUAAUUUUAUAAUACAAGUGACUGAAAUUUAUUAUUAGACUAAGAUUUAUUCUGUGAUACGUAUAUGUCUGCUAUUUUAGAUGUAAAUUUGUGUGAAAUGAAAAUUGAAAAUGAUUGUAAAAUCCACUUAAGACAAUUUGUGAAUACCUGUGAAAUCCACUUAAGACUAUGUAUGAAUACUUAUUUAUUCGUAAUGACAACCUUCUGAUGCAGUUAUCAGAGACCAGUUAUAUUAGCAACUCAAUAUCUAAGGUCAAUCAUUGGAUAGCUUUAAUUUCCAAAGAUCCCGGUUAGUAACGAUAAUCUUAAUUAACCUGGAACUUGGAAUUUAGCAUUUCUCCCGACUUAGAAUUUACCAUUUCUCCCCUACCACAAUGUGCUCAUGUUUGUCCAUGUUUGGUUUUAGAGGAAUUUUGUAGAUGUGGAUUUUGGCAGGUGAAGUACAGUAGGUUAUGUUAGUUCUUGAACUUUAGACAGCAUUCCAUUAUAGAACGUAGUCAGGGUUACUUUUAAAUGUAGGUUCUUGGAAUAUGUGAUAUGAUGUUUUUCAUAGUUGUUCAUACCUUUAAUCAGUUUGUUUUUAUUUUAUGUAAAUUUUGUAAAAAUAUUGAAUAGAAUCGUAUAUGAGCUUUUAUUUGUUGGCAAUUUAUGGAAAUUUAUUCAUAAGUUUCUCUGUGCGUUAGUUUACGAGAGUUAGUUCGUAAUGUGAAACAAACUGCCAAUGUAAUUCUAGUCAGAAAGAGACAUAUGUUAUCUAUAACAACACAAAUAUAUUGAAACAUUC